AUGGGUAGAAGAAAAAUUGAAAUUCAACCAUUAACUGAUGAUAGAAAUAGAACAGUUACAUUUGUUAAAAGGAAAGCAGGAUUAUUUAAAAAAGCUUAUGAAUUAGCUAUAUUAUGUCAAGUAGAUUUAUCAAUUAUAAUAGUUGGAAAUAAUAAUAAAAUUUAUGAAUUUUCAACAGUUAAUACAAAAGAAAUGUUUAAUACUUAUGAAGAUUGUUUAAAAAAUAAAAAACCAAUACAUGAAUCAAAAUCUCCUGAAAAUUAUCUGAUAUAUAAAAAAAAAAAAUUUAUAAAUGAACCUUUGAUGAAUAAAAAAGGACAAAUUAUAGAACCUAAAUUAGGUGGUGGAUUAAAUUCAAAUGAUGAUGGAGAAAGUUUUAAUGGAGAUGAAGAAGAUGAAGAGGAUGAUGAAGAUGAAGAUGAUUCAGAAGAAGAUCUGUCUAAUAAAUCAAAAAAAAAUAGAAAUCCAAAAAUGUUUAAUAGUAAACGACCUGCUCCAUCACCUCCACCAGCUCAUAUAUCAAUGAAUAAUGUACCGACUUUUAAUAAAUAUAAAAAACCAAAAUUUGAAAUAUCAAAAGUUAAUAAUAAUAAUGAUAAUUCUUCAACUCCUUCACCAUCUUUAACAAGAAAAGAAACUUCAUCAAGACCUAUAUUAAGAGUUCAAAUACCCACAGAUGCAAAAGGAAAUAAAACAAAAAAUAAUGAUGAAGAAACCAGCUCUUCUAAUUUUUUAAAUAAUGAUAAUAAAAGUGAUACAGGAAAUGAUACAGCAAGAACAAUAACAGCAAUUGAUAAUAGUAAUUCAUCAUUACAACCGUCAUCAAUAAAUCAAACUAAUUCAAGUAGAAAUACUGGAACUACUUCAAGUAUAAAUAGUAGUAAUCGAUCACAUUCAGACGUUUUAAAUAACCACAAUAAUAACAAUCAUAAUCAUAAUCAAUUUUCAAAUUUUCAUUCAAAUCAUCAUUUAUUACCUUCUGCAACAGUUCCAUCAACAAAAUUUACAGGGUAUUCAUCUUUCAAAUCUCCAGAUACAAGAAAACCAACUUUACCAAUUCCAGUAAAUUCAAAAUCUCAAACUUCUUCUCCAGCAAGUGCUACUGCUCCUGGUUUACCAAUUACAAAUCCAAUAAGUGCAAGAUCAAGUAGUAAUAGUAGUUUAAGUAAUCAAAAUAAUCAAAAUAAUCAAAAUAAUAUUAGUAAUAAUAAUAGUAAUACCAAUAACAAUUCAAAUUUUUACUCACAACAUAAUAGUAAUCAAUUUUAUGGAAUACAACAAAGUCCUCAAAAUAAUUCAUAUGGAGGAUUUCAUAUGCAUGGAUUUAAUCAAAAUUUUCAACUGUUUAAUUCAAAUUUAACACAACAGCAGCAACAACAGCAGCAGCAGCAGCUACAGCAACAACAAUCGCAACAACAACAGCAUCAACUGCAACAACAAUAUAACCACAAUCCAAAUUUUAAUCAAAGUGGUGGUGUACUAGGAACGACAAAUAUUCAAUCAUCAACUCAACAACCCGAGUCAGCAUUAAGAUUUAGAUCAAAUUCACUACAACAAAAUCAACAACAAAAUCAACAACAAAAUCAACAAAAUCAACAAAAUCAACAAAAUCAAUUACAAGCAGGUGAACAAACUCCAAUAUCAGGAUUACCUUCAAAAUUUGUAAAUGAUAUGUUUCCAUUCCCAUCACCUUCAAAUUUUUUAGGUCCUCAAGAUUGGGCUACUGGUGCUACUCCUACAACAUCAAAUGUUCCUCAAUUUUUUUUAAAUAUGAUGCCUUUACAAAGUGGUGGUGGAUUAAAUAAUCAACAACAUCAAAAUCAACAGGUGCAAGGAAAAUACAACAAUGGAGGUGGUGGCAUUAUUCCGAACUUUUCAACAAGUGGGAAUGUCCCACUGUAUAAUUCUCAUAUAUCACCAAUUAUUUAUAAUAAUAAUAAUAAUAAUAGUAGUAGUACCAAUGGAAGUAAUCCUAAUAAUCAAGGAUCAAAUGUUGAUAAAAUUACAGAAGAAGAAGAAAGUAGUAUUAGUCAUGAUGAAUCUAAAAAUAAUGAUUUAAAAAAUAAAAUCAAAAUUGAAAAGAAAGAUAAAUAA